AUGUUUCGAAACACGAUCCUUAACAUCUACAUCAUCGGCGCUCAAUGUACGGGCAAAACCUCGCUCGUCAACGCCUUAGAAGUUUCGUUUGCCAAAGUAUUCGAGACAACACCUCCCACAAUCGUACGAGAAGUCGCUCGCUCGGUGUUGAAAACUCAUGGCUUCACAGCCAGCGACAUCACCUCUGAUCCCGCCAGAUGCCUGCAGCUGCAGUCUCUCAUCCUGGAAGCUCAGCGCAACAGCGAGCGCGAGGCCCUGGCGAAGAAUCCAUGGAUCAUAUCGGAUAGGUCCGGGCUUGAUCCCAUUGUAUACGCAUCACGCCAUAUUGGAGAUGAAGCAGUCAAGCUCCUGACCUCAUCUGAUCACUGGCAGGAGCUGAGAGAACGCAUGUCUCUGUCGCUGGUCUUUGUAUGUGAGACGGUAGAGGCUUGGCUCGUAAGUGACGGAGUCAGGCUCAUGCCGAAGGAUGUGGAGGAUUGGAUAGCAUACGACACGGAGUUUUGUCGCAUGCUGGAAGCUGAAGGGAUAGAAUAUCAGAUGAUGCCGCGUUCAGUUGAGACGCUUGAAGAUAGGGUAGCCUUUGUGUGGUCGAGAUGGGAGAAGGCGACGUUUGGUGGAUAG